AUCCCUCAUCGGGGACACAACACUUCGUCUCCUCCCCACAGCUGGUGGGAAGCAGGAUCUCAACGCCAACUCCGCGGACCACUCAAAUCACAUCCGCGGAACUAGUCAGAGGGUUUCCGUUCCUGCCGGCUGUUUAGGUGGCCCAAAGCGGGGUGUUCCAACUCAUUUCACCUAUGAAAACUCAUGAGACAGUGCGGGGGAUCGGACGGAUUUAAGUUGACAGAACGCCGAGUACCUCCCUACGUGCAGAAUCUUCGAAGAUGCCGACAGGAAGCUGCCUUUGCGGCGCGAUCAAGGUUGCCUAUACUGGCGAACCACUGCAUACAGCCGUAUGCUACUGCCACGACUGCCGCAAAAUGAACAACGUCCAAGUCUUCCAAAUUCCCAAGGCCAACUUCACCGUAACUCAGGGCGAGCCGAAGGUGUACACCAAAAUAUCGGACCACGGCAAUGAAAUUCACAACCACUUCUGCGGCGCCUGCGGCACCACGCUGUUCCGCACAGGCGGCUCGCCGCUCAUGAAGGACAACGUCGGCCUACGCGCCGGCGUGCUCGACGACCAGAGCAUUCUUGACAAACCCCCGGCCGUCGAGGUGUACGUAGACCGGCGGCCGCAGUGGAUCCAGCCGAUCGAGAACGCCGUCCAGCUCAACAGCAAGUACGAGCGGGUUUGAUACUUGAGCUUUCUCAGGCUGCUGUUUUGAGCGCGGCAUGCUUGGUGUUGGCGAAUCGUGGCGAUACGAAGCCUGCUUGGCAGCUGGAAAUGCGGAUAGUUAGCUAGAAAAUCGAAGUCCUGAAAAUUCUCGCCCCC